AGACUGCACCCCGGUUUCUGCGCGCGGCCACUCCACCGACAUGGAACUGAAGAAAUCUAUUUCGGACACCGAGCGCGCGCUCCGGAGCUACGGCGCCGUGUCGGAAACGGCGUGGACAACAGACAAAGGUCACUCAGACGUGUCCAUGGCAGAGAGCACCAUGGCUCCAGAGGAGAUCGAGGUGGAGAUGGCUCGGAUCCAGCGCCUGCGAGAGGUCCUGGUGCGCCGGGAAUCAGAGCUGCGCUUCAUGAUGGAUGACAUUCAGCUCUGCAAAGACAUCAUGAGUUUAAAGCAGGAGCUGAGACAGAUUGUCGCAGUACCAGAGAAAGAAAAAACCAAGAAGCACAGGCAGCGGGAAGAGGAGCUGAUCCUGAAGAUCCAUAAGCUGGUGCAGAAGAGAGAUUUCCUGGUCGAUGAUGCCGAGGUGGAGAGAUUAAGGGAGCGAGAGGAGGACAAGGAGAUGGCUGAGUUCCUUAGACUGAAGUUAAUGCCUCUGGAGAAGAAGCUGAAAGUCACACAAAAUCCUCCAAAGCCGAAGAGACAAAUCCCGGAGCCGCCCCCCAACAAACCGUCCAUCACCAAGUCAGGAGUGGCCAUCAUUAAGGAUUGCUGCGGAGCCACCCAGUGCGCCGUCAUGUAA